AUGUUCAGACCUGGACGUUCGAUAUUCCCUCUCCUGCCUCCAUAUGGGGUUCAUGACCCCAGUAAACAGGGUCGGAUUAUCCCGUUACACCCCGACGGUCUCACACCAUACCUAGGCCUACGAGCCCGGUUGUCACAAGUAUGGAUUAAUCGCUGGACGAUCCUCCUACUACUUGUUCUUGUUCGUGUCCUGUUGGCUAUCGGAUCUGUACGGAAUGACAUGGCAGCCGCGAAGCGCGAGGCACUCUCCGCAUGCACCUCCGUAGAAACGAUGGGCAGCGCUAUGGCGUCAAUGCCACAUUACCUCGCUUCUGGAGUCAAUGACCUGGCAGUAAAGGGCAUCAAUGAAUCUGUUGGUGCUCUUAAUACCAUGCUCCAGCUCGUUAUUACCGGAGUCGAAGAAAUCGUUCUUUUUAUCAUCAAAAUCAUGUAUCAGACUUAUCUUUGUCUUAUCACGCUGGCCGUGCGAGGCGCAGUGGAUGUAGCCACUGCACUAUUGGAGGACGUGGUUAGUGCUCUGAACAGCACAAUCAAGGCUGUCGAGUCAGACAUCCAGUCGACAGUCAAAACUUUUGAGAGUGGAUUGGAUGACUUUUCCGACCUUGUCAGCUCAGCCGCCAAGGUGCUGGGCGCAUCUAUCCCGACCUUGAAUCUCAACAGCUCUAUGGACGGCCUGACCUCUUGGUCUAUUCCUUCUUCCGUGAAUUCCGAUAUUUCCGAUCUCAACAAAACCAUCCCGACCUUCAGCGAGGUCCAAAACUUCACCGAGAAUAUCAUCAAGUUGCCAUUCGAAGAGGUCAAGAAACUGGUAAAUAUCUCUCUAGGCAACUAUUCAUUCGACAGAUCAGCCCUCUCAGUUCCAGUUAAGAAACAAUUGACUUUCUGCGACGACAAUGACGGGAUCAACAGUUUCUUCGACGGGGCUACUGACAUUGCGAUCACCGCACGGAAAAUCUUUAUUGCUGUCAUUGUAGUCGCUGCCAUCCUGGCUUGUAUUCCGGUCGCAUGGCAGGAGAUUCGACGAUGGCGUCAUAUGAAAGAGCGAUCCGAACUCGUGCGAAGGGAAGCCCAUGACCCGAUGGACGUUGUCUACAUUGUUUCCCGGCCAUAUACCGCUGCAGCAGGAAUCAAGGCAGCAAGCCACUUCAGCAACAGCCGCCGACAAAUUCUGGUUCGCUGGGCCGUCGCAUACGCAACCUCAUUGCCGGCACUUUUCGUUCUUGCAAUUGGUAUCGCCGCGCUGCUUGCCUGCUUGUGCCAAUACAUCCUGCUGAAGGUCAUUGCAAAGACUGUCCCAGAGCUAACCACCGAGGUUGGAGCGUUUGCGGAUAAAGUCGUAGUUGCUUUGAACAAUGCCUCGAACGAAUGGGCGGACGGUGCCAACUCGGCCAUCAACAGCUUCGACACGAAACUCAACGACAACAUCUUCGGAUGGGUCAACACGAGUACGUCUGCGGUUAACAGUACUCUCAAUACCUUCGUCGAAAAGACAACCGGUGUUCUAAAUGAUACUUUUGGCGGCACGAUAUUCUACGAUCCAAUCGAAGAAGUCUUCAAUUGUUUGAUCGGCCUCAAAAUAGCAAGUGUGCAAAAAGGUCUCACAUGGGUCCACGAUAACGCACACAUCGACUUCCCCAACUUCCCAGACGACAUCUUCUCCAAAGGUGCCUCGGACAGUAUCUCCAAUUCUUCAGACCCCUCAGACAGCUUCCUUGCCGGUGCUGGCGACUCAACCUCUAACAAAAUUACCGAAGUCGUCGUGGACCUCAUUGAGAAGCUCGAAGAAGCCCUUCGCCAAGAGACACUAAUUGCCACCGCCGUAUUCGCAAUCUGGGUCCUUAUCGUCCUGAUCGGCGUAAUCCGUGCGAUGUUCCUCUGGUGGGGUCACGACCGAAACCGCGGUGAAGGAGGCGGCCAUGCCAUGGACGCAGUCCCAAGCCACCCUGGCCCGAUCUCUCCAGCCGACUCUCAAGGCUUUACAAGCGUCCCCCUUACCGCAAUUCCGAGAACCGAUAACUUUUCCGGUACAUCCGAGCAGACAGCUGGCCUUCCGCGCUAUGAGCGAACACAGUCUGAAGGUUUUCCGGAGAGUAGUCCGGUUUAUGAGAGACAUGAAAGGACGUUUCCUGGAGCUGCUGCUUCUGGUAGUAACAAUCCGUUCAUUGACUCCGAAUAUCCUAGUGAUGAGAAGGUUGGGUUUGCCGGUCAGAGAACUGCUUUGCAGGUUGAGGCUUCGUCUGAUACGCGCAAGAGUAACUAUGUUGAGUAUGGCGAGAAGCAUUGA